AUGUGCCGCGGAAAGAAGCAAGCUCGCCGCGAGAAGAAGGUAGCCUGUGGGUGGCAGCGAUCAAAUCUCGCCAAAAUGAUGAUUGAUCACAUCAAUCAGACUCGGGAGCAAAAGCGGUUAUCGGGACAGUGUUGUUCAUCUCAAUGGUCACCCAAAGCCAUGGACCAACGGCCUGCCGAGCUUGAAGCAAAGGGAUAUUGGGAACCUUCGACGCAGUGGGUAGAUGAAACACGGCAGUCGAACGCGCGUGAUGAGAGGGUUCAAAGCCAGGGGAUUUCGAUGUCUGAGUUGCCAAGCUAUCACGAUGUUAUGAAGCAGAGUUGA